GUCAGAUAAUUUUUCGUCUGUGCGAGGAAAAAAAAACGCGAACUUUGAAAUUGUCAAAUAUACUUUGGAAACAAAACAAGUGAUCAAAGAAUCGAUCUUGGUUAUAACUUAUAGUUGUUGUGGAAGUGAGAUUGAUUACGAUGGUAGCAGAAGCAGAGGUUGUGUUUCAACAGAGUUUACCGGUGGUUCUCGAUAUUGACGGAGUUUCCUCCGCCGUUAUAUCUCCACUUUCUUCUCCUAAAUUGGGUAUCCGACGAUCGACGGCGUCGGUUCCCGGCGGUUUAUCGACUUCUCCGGUGGGUCUAAAGCAGGAGGACGGUUGCGAUUCUAGUGUCCCGGUUUAUGUUCCAGCCAUACGGUCUGGAAGCUACGCUGAUAUAGGGCCAAAGAGAUUCAUGGAAGACGAACACAUUUGCGUAGAUGAUCUAUCCUCCCAAGUUGGGUGUCUUUCCGAAUUGCCAAAUCCAAGCGCUUUCUAUGCGGUUUUUGAUGGUCACGGAGGAUCAGAAGCAGCAACAUACGUAAAACAAAACGCCAUUAGGCUUUUCUUUGAAGAUGAUAAGUUUCCGCAAACAUCGGAAGUGAAUAGUGUUUAUGUGGAAGAAGUUAAGAGUUCGUUGAGAAAUGCGUUUCUUCAAGCCGAUCUUGCUUUGGCUGAGGAAGGCAGCAUCAGUUCUUCCUCUGGUACCACAGCUCUUGCUGCACUUAUCUUCGGAAGACUCUUGAUGGUAGCAAAUGCUGGAGACUGCAGAGCAGUUCUUUGCAGAAAAGGCAGAGCGAUAGAGAUGUCUCACGACCAUAGACCGAUUAAUCUACUAGAGAGAAGAAGAGUAGAAGAGUCUGGAGGUGUCUUUGAAGACGGCUACCUAAACGGAGAGCUAUCCGUAACGCGAGCUCUCGGAGACUGGGACAUGAAACGCACGCCACACGGCUCCUCUAAGUCUCCACUCAUCUCCGAACCCGAAAUAAAGCAGACAGCUCUAACAGAGGAGGACGAGUUUCUUGUGAUGGGGUGCGACGGGAUUUGGGACGUCUUGACGAGCCAAGAAGCGGUUAGCAUCGUGAAGCGGGGCUUAAACCGGCAUGACGAUCCAGCGAGAUGCGCGAGGGAGCUUGUGAUGGAGGCUCUGAGGCUGAACUCGUUUGAUAACUUAACAGCUGUUGUGGUAAGCUUUGUGACGGGAGAACGAGUGGUUCCUUUGGAGAAGAAACGGUGUUUUAGCCUAACUCCGGAGGCUUUCCGUAGCUUGAGGAGUCUGUUGGAUGGCUGAAACUGUUGACACUGAUGAUGACGAAAAAUCUCUCUCUCAUGCUGCUUUUGUAUAUAUUCAGCUGAGAAGAGACUAUUGAGAUAGAUUUGUAGAAUGUAUACUAUAUGUCUAUAUAUGAUGAUUGUGUGCUUGUGUCUAUGUGAUUACAGUUUUGUGUACAAUGCUGUUGAUUGUUUUCUGUGA